AGAAUCUAGAUCAAAUGGUGAUGUUCGCAAAAAGCAUCAUUUAAUUAAAAGAUUGAAAAAGGCUGCAAAAUGUGGAGUACAACUAGAAAAGUUAUGCUCACGAGAGUUGAAUAAAGUAGAUACCAGAACUGUCUUUGAUGCACAAGCUUACUCGGCCUUAAUGUCCGGUUAUUUUCUAUUCGAAAAACAGUCUUGGCAGGCAGCAUUAGAUAAAUUUGCCGCGGCAAGAACGAUAUACGAGAAAUUAUCUACAGCUGGAUCUUCACAUCAAGAAACACUAUGUCAAUCUGCUAUUGAUGAUAUUGAUCCGAAUAUCCGUUACUGUGCAUUCAAGUUGAAGCUAGGCACUGAUAGUAGUAAUAUAGGAGUCGAGGAUCUAGUUAAAAUUACCAUAGGAAAAAACAAGAGUGUUGGUCUUGAUUUAUUGGAAGCGGAAGUAGAAACAGUUCUUGCUCAGACUCGUCAAGAGAAGGCCGCAACUCUUACGUCCAUAUCUUGGCGAGGUCGUGUAGUACCACUUAAGAAUGCAGAUUUGGCAAUAUGUAUUUUACGAGCACGUGAGGCUACAACCAAUCUUGAAAACGCUUCAGAUACUGACACAGAAGAGGCUACUAAAAUGGAAUUGUUCGAUUUACUCCUUGAGGCUUAUGGAGAUGCAGAAAGGUUUGCCAAAAAUGCCGUUAAGGAGGAUGCGGAAGCUGCGGCAAAACUUAAAUCUUCUAAAUCAGAGCAAAUUUCCGCAGAUCUCAACUUUGUAUAUAAUUACGUGGCAUAUAAUUAUUUAUCCCGUAGAAUACAACGAAAUUUGAUGCUUGUUAAUUCACUACGACUACAUAUAGAUAAUCACGAACGUAUUGAGGGAGAUCGGUUUCUUGGAGGGAAAUACCAAGAUAUCGUUAAAUUAUAUGAUAACGUUUUACAGAGUUUAAGCGAAAUUAAUGAUCUUUCCGUAGUUCAAAAUGACGUUAACUUGUCUAGAGAGAUCGAUGCCAAACUUUGGUAUUUUAAAGCAUGGAG